AUGGCUCUAGUUAUUGCGGAGAGCCUAUCUGAGGAAGAAAUUGCUGGCCUGAAAGAAAUGUUUAAGAUGAUAGACACAGACAACAGUGGUCAAAUUACUUUUGAAGAACUCAAAGCUGGAUUGAAAAAAGUUGGUGCAAAUCUUAAGGAGUCUGAGAUUUAUGAUCUAAUGCAAGCAGCAGAUAUUGAUAACAGUGGAACAAUUGAUUAUGCGGAGUUCAUAGCUGCAACACUGCAUCUGAACAAGGUUGAGAGAGAAGAUCAUCUAUUUGCUGCUUUCUCCUACUUUGAUAAGGAUGGAAGUGGUUAUAUCACCGCGGACGAGCUUCAACAAGCCUGUGAAGAGUUUGGCAUAAAGGACAUCCGCCUAGACGAAAUGAUCCGAGAAGUUGACCAGGAUAAUGAUGGAACCAUUGAUUACAAUGAGUUUGUCGCCAUGAUGCAAAAGGGCAAUCCAAUUGCAGGUGGUAAGAAGAGUCUGGAGAAUAGUUUCAGCAUUGGUUUCAGAGAGGCACUAAAACUUUAGCACUGCAAGCUUUGGAGUUUCGGAAUCAUUUAAACUGAAUUGCAGUUUGGUAAUAUUAGAUUGAUUUCUGUUAACGAGACGUCUCAGAGAGCAAGUGUGAAUCUUAACACACUGGAGACUGGAGAGUGAGCGAUAAGCGCUAUAUAUUGAAUGGAUAUAAGAGGUGAGUAAGUGUAAGAAAGCCUAGAAUGAUUCUUAGGAGGGUUGAUACUUCAUCUAUUUUGUUAAUGUAUUUGGGUUAUGGUGAGACUGCUGAUCACACCAAGGUUUUUUUUUUUUUUUUUUUUUUUUGAUCUUGAUCACACAAGUUUAGA